ACCGCCUCUUCACACAUCUCCACAUCGUCUCCCAGCUAUGGCACGUUGCAAUGGCGCGCGUAGAGAGGGACGGUGAGACCCGCGUAACGUCCGUUAUAUGACGUGAACGCAUUGAUGAGGCUUGCUGCGCCUCCGGCGGCUGAACCCGGUAGGCUGGAUUCGAGGACAGCAGGAACGCGAGCAGGUUCUGCCGACAAGGGCGUUCAGACGUUCUAGAGUGUCGGUGGGAUGAUCAGUCGCCGACAAGGCGACAGCCCUCAGCGCUAAGCCUAAAAUGGCUAUACAACGUCGAAAGACAGGGAUGGCGAAGCUACUACACCUCGAUAAGGUGAUUGAUGCAUGCGGGAAUCUCCCAAUCAUGACUCUUCGCUUAAGAGUUAGCACGCUAGAUCUUGCCCUGUCCUUUUCUCCGCAUUCGCGGCAGCAGUUCCAUGUCUCUCAGUCCAGCUCGAAGCUUGACGGAAUUUUCAGCCUUGAGGUAACUCUGGACGUGCACGUCAGUCGCAGCUCUACGUACGAAAAUUUCCUCAAGUGGCCAAGAUAUUCAAUGGAGCGAAGACCAAAGCGGCGUAUAAAGACGGCGGAUCUUCCUCCGACGGGUAACCGCAGAUGCGUACGGAUCUAUGCGAAAGUGUCAAGAAAAAUGCUCCCGUCGUCUUCCUCGCCUCUUUCCAGAAAGGGUGACAAAGCCCCUCGUUCCAACUUACUAAGCCGCCAGCCCUCGCCUUUCGAAGAACCUCCAGAGUUGUCCGACGUCCCUUGCUAUACUUGCCGACGUCGACAUGUCAAGUGUGACCGCAUACUGCCUACUUGCGCCAAAUGCAGAAAGAAAGGAGUGCCAUGUCUGGGCUAUCAAAAGCCGCUAAGGUACCGAUCCCCCGUGCGAGAAGCAGAAUUAGCCUCUAUGCAUCAAUCGUUUGAGACAUCAUUGACCCGGUAUCUGGCAUGAUAAUUUUUGGCUCGACCAGUUUUUGGUCUGCCUAGCGCUCGUUCUCCUCAACGACGUAGAACUUUUUCUAACCCUUCUUG